UGCGACUGAGAUGGAGAGAUGUUAAAUCUCAGGUGCGAACAAAUCCUACAUCUACCUGGGCAAACUGGUUGGUACGAUCGUUCUGUGCACACAAAAACACGACUCAAAGUCGCUUUUUUUCGCCUCUCGCCAUCGUUUCCACCAACUCGAGUCUUCAGUUUGUGUCGAGACUUAUACCAGAGCAACCAUGCGCGAUCAAUCGCUCGCGAUAGUUGGUUACUUCUUUCACUGUACAAUCGCGUAAAAUAACACCACCCCCACCCUGUGUGCACAAAGUGGCGGGAAAAAAUAUCCCAAAGACUUUUCCUCGUGCGCUAAAGGAAAUCCAAUAGGAAUUUGAGGUGCGCGAUUGUGGUUUUUCAUCAUUACACUGCCAAGUUAUAGGAGAUGCUGUGAGAGAAACAUUCUUCGAAGCAACUUUCUAUUCCAGUUGGUGACUGUCACAAAAAUCUUUAUUGCACAAAAAUCUCAGCUUGGAAAAUAAAAGCACAUACACUGUGAAAUAAAUCACAUCGCGAAUGGUUUCGGAGACUUAUUUUUUUCUUGAGAAAUACAUACAUUUCAAGGGAUCAGAUGGUGGUUGCGUCGUUGUCCCGUACACACGCACAGAACGUAUUAAUUUGUGCCUUAGCGCUAAGAAAAAUAAUAAACAAAUGACAUAAUCGAUUGACGCGGAUUCUUAAGGCCGAGCGUCCAAAAGAGUUUCAAAAUUUAUGGGCAUUGUGAGUGAAUGAGUUUAAAUGUUGAAGAAAACGGGAUAGAGCAUUAAAUGCCAUUUGAUACAGCGCGGGACCCUUAGGUUGAUUUAAAUACCAAAAACAACACAAAGCAUUUUACAAGAGUUUCGGAAUCUCGAGUGGCAACAAGUGGUUGAAGUUCCUAAAGAAAAAAUAACUUUUCCCUUUAAAAUUAAUCCCGAAGGAUUAAGUAACUUCUACGAAGGAAAUCUAUGAGGAAUAGGCAAGUGCAUUGCUGUGAAAAGUGAUAGAGAGAGAGUUCUGUCUUGUGGCAGAGCUAGGGGGUGAUUUUUGUGAUGUGUGAACCUGGGAUGGGAUAAUGAGACCAUUAUGAGAGGAUACCUAAUUGUGGGAUUGUUGGUGCUACUUGCGGUGGAGUCUCUGGGGGCGCUGGAACGUGUCCAGAGGCCCGAAGGUGGGAAGCGCUCCGAUCGACCACGGAAGCAGCAUCACCAGCAGCAUCAGCUUACCACGGAUUUGGCGCCAAAAGUGCCACAGGAUGACAAACAACCAUCGGAGUUUGUCAAGGGCAAAAUUUGCAUCGGAACCAAUGGACGAAUGUCUGUGCCUUCAAAUCGAGACCAUCACUAUAGGAAUUUACGCGAUCGCUUCACAAAUUGUACAUAUGUCGAUGGGAAUUUGGAGCUGACAUGGCUACAAGAUACCAAAUUAGAUUUGAGCUUCCUGCAGCACAUUCGCGAGGUGACGGGAUACGUUCUCAUCAGUCAUGUAGAUAUUCAGCAAAUUGUUCUGCCCAGGCUUCAAAUAAUUCGUGGACGAACGCUGUUCAAGCUGAAUAUCUCAGAUCAAGAAUUUGGCCUAUUUGUAACGUACUCCCAAAUGCAUACCCUCGAAAUGCCAGCCCUGCGUGAUAUUCUAUCGGGUUCCGUUGGUAUCUUCAACAACUACAACCUCUGCCAUAUGCGAACGAUAGACUGGGAAGAGAUCAUUUCGGGCCCAAAUGCCUCAAUGCACUACAUGUACAAUUUUACAUCACCCGAACGUCAAUGUGCCUCCUGCCAUCCCACCUGCCAGGCUGGAUGCUGGGGUGAAGGUCCACACAAUUGCCAGCAAUUCAGUAAGACCACAUGCUCGCCACAGUGUGCCCAAGGAAGGUGCUUUGGACCAAAACCCCGUGAAUGUUGUCACCUGUUCUGUGCCGGUGGGUGCACAGGACCCACACAGAAGGACUGCCUUGCCUGUAGGAAUUUCUACGAUGACGGUGUGUGCAAGCAGGAAUGCCCCCCAAUGCAGAAGUACAACCCAACAAACUACCUCUGGGAACCAAAUCCCGAUGGGAAGUACGCCUAUGGGGCUACGUGCGUACGAAACUGCCCUGAGCAUUUGCUAAAAGACAAUGGAGCCUGCGUAAGGACGUGCCCACCGAAUAAAAUGGCAAAGAAUGGAGAGUGCGUGCCCUGCAAUGGAGCCUGCCCUAAGACAUGCCCUGGUCAGGGGAUUGUACAUUCAGGAAAUAUUGAUUCCUUCAGGGGUUGCACGGUUAUUGAGGGUUCCCUUGAAAUUCUCGAGCAAACCUUCAAUGGGUACCAGCAUGUCUUUGCCAAUUUCUCCUUUGGCCAGAGAUUCAUCAGGCUACAUCCCGAUAGAUUGGAAGUCUUCUCCACACUAAAGGAAGUCACGGGGUACAUUAAUAUUCAAGCUGAUCACGAGCACUUUACGAAUCUCUCCUAUUUCCGCAAUCUCGAAGUCAUCGGUGGGCGACAGCUUAUGGAGAAUUAUUUUGCCUCCCUCUACAUAGUCAAGACUUCCUUAAAGUCUCUGGAACUUCAGUCAUUGAAGAGAAUAAAUUCAGGAGCAGUGGUUAUCCUGGAAAAUAAGAAUCUCUGCUUCGCCGACGACAUCGAAUGGAAUAAAGUCAAAAAGUCAAGUGAUCAUGCGUGUGUCGUUAGCGCCAACAGAAAUAAGACUGAAUGCGAACUCGAGGGUCAAGUAUGCUCGGAUCAGUGCACAAAAACAGGAUGUUGGGGUGCUGGAUCCAAUCAGUGUCUCGAAUGUAUGAACUACAAGUACAAUGAUACUUGCUUGGCGAGCUGCAAGAGCCUACCAGGGAUUUACGAGGUGAAUCACACAACUUGCGGCACAUGCCAUUCUGAAUGCAAGAACUCCUGCCACGGAGCUGGUGCUGACAACUGCACAGAGUGCGUCAAUGUUCGCGAUGGGAACUUCUGCGUAGCUAAAUGCCCGGAAUCCAAGUACAGUGCAGGAGGGAUUUGCAAACCCUGCCAUGAAACCUGCAUUGGAUGCACUGGACCUCUGAACACGAUCAAUGCCAAUGGCUGCAAGACAUGCCACAAGGCCAUCAUCAAUGGAGAUGCAACAAUUGAGAGAUGUCUCGGCCGCAAUGAAGCUUGUCCAGAGGGCUACUUCUCCGAAUGGGUAUUGUCCCAUGAGCAAGGAGCUCUACGUCUCCUUGCCAACAAGCCCAUUUGCCGACGUUGCCAUCCACGGUGCAAAAAGUGCUCAGGCUAUGGUUUCCACGAGCACGUGUGUCAGGAGUGUGCAGGCUACAAGCGUGGUGAGCAGUGUGAAGAUGAAUGCCCAACGGAUCACUAUGUGGAUGAGGGAACACGUGAGUGCUUCCCAUGUCAUUUGGAAUGUCGUGGCUGCAAUGGACCCACUGAGGCACACUGCCUCCAAUGCAGGAACUACAAACUCUUCGGCAAUGGUGAUCCCGCCAACAAUGCAACCGCCUUCAACUGCACAGCCGCCUGUCCGAGUGAUUUUCCCUACCAGAUGUUCGACUAUGGGCCAUACUGCUCAGCCAGUAAUGCGUACCAAUUGUCGGAUGAUGAGUUCGUGAAGAAAGUCUUCUCAUUUGUGGGCAUUGUUAUUUUGGCCGUUGUGGUGCUCAUUGCUGUUGCUUUCGUGUGGCGUUGCUGCCAGAAGCAGAAGGCCAAGGAGGAGACGGUGAAGAUGACAAUGGUGCUGGCUGGAUGUGAGGACAGUGAACCACUGAGGCCAUCCAAUGUGGGACCCAAUCUUGCCAAGUUGCGCAUCGUCAAGGAAGCUGAGCUACGUCGAGGUGGAAUUCUCGGAAUGGGAGCUUUUGGGCGUGUCUUCAAGGGGGUCUGGAUCCCGGAGAAUGAGAGUAUUAAGAUCCCUGUUGCCAUUAAAGUUCUCACCGAGAUGUCUGGGUCGGAGAGUAGCAAGGAAUUCCUCGAUGAGGCCUACAUCAUGGCAUCCGUGGAGCAUCAGAAUCUCCUGAAGCUCUUGGCUGUCUGCAUGACGUCCCAGAUGAUGCUGAUCACACAGCUAAUGCCAUUGGGUUGCCUCCUGGACUACGUGCGAACGAAUAAGGAUAAAAUUGGUUCGAAAGCUCUCCUCAAUUGGUCAACGCAAAUUGCCAAGGGAAUGGCAUACUUGGAGGAACGUAGCAUCGUGCACAGAGAUCUUGCAGCAAGGAAUGUUCUCGUACAGACACCGUCUUGUGUGAAGAUUACGGACUUUGGGCUGGCGAAGCUUCUCGAUGUUGGUACGGAUGAGUACAAAGCUUCCGGUGGGAAGAUGCCCAUUAAAUGGCUAGCGCUGGAAUGCAUCCGGAACCGCGUGUUCACCAGCAAGAGUGAUGUUUGGGCAUUUGGUGUGACAAUCUGGGAACUUUUAACCUUCGGCGCUCGUCCAUAUGAGGAGUACUCAGCCAAAGAGGUACCUGAAGCCAUUGAGGAGGGGUACCGACUGAAACAACCCGAUCACUGCUCUCUGGACAUCUACGUCAUCCUCCUACGGUGCUGGGAUGUAAAUGCCGAAGCAAGGCCACACUUUAAGGACUUGGUGCAGGACUUUGCGGAUAAAGCACGCGAUCCCGGACGCUACCUUAGUAUUGAUGGGGAUAAAUUCAUGCGUCUCCCUUCGUACACGAGUCAGGAUGAACGAAAUCUCAUUCGUACCCUUGCCCCUGCCAUGGAUGGUCCUGAACCAAUUGUUGAAGCUGAAGAGUACCUUCAGCCAAAAUCUCGGCCGUCAGUUCUCUUCCCGACAGUCGAACCAGCUGAGGAAGCCCCAUCGACGCUACGGUACUGUAGUGAUCCCCUGAAGAAUUCCUCUGGGGAUGAUGAAACUGACUCCCACACAAGAGAAAUUGGGGUAGGGAACCUCCGGCUGGAUUUGCCCCUGGAUGAGGAUGACUACCUGAUGCCGACGCAAAAUGGAGCAUCAGCUGCUCCGGGGUACAUGGACCUCAUUAAUGUUCCCCCGAGUAGUGUGGACAACCCGGAGUAUCUCAUGGGAGCCGCUGCGGCGGCUGCUGCAGCACCAACACCCACACCAGCCCCCACGCAAACGAUCGGUAUUCCAGUAGCACCGACUGAGGUGGAGGCUGCGUCCGAUCAUGAGUACUACAAUGACCUCCAGCGUGAACUGCAGCCGCUGCAUCGGAGUGAGACGACUGUAUGAGUGUCAGCCAGCAGCUCAGCUGCAUCCCAUGUGCCUUCCAACCCAAGUGCCUGCCCCCAAUAGCUUCAUGGUGAUCCGAUCGUAGGGGCGAUCGCGAUCGUUCCGCUUAAGCCCUUAAUAAGGAGUUAUCGCGUGGCGGAUCAUCAUUGUAAAAUAGUCAAGAGAUGAGACUCUAAGAAACUGCGGGAUCUUUCCUAUUCCGAAAGGAUUUUUAUCCUUUUUUUUAAUUUUUUAAAAAUAUGUUUUAAAUUUCAUUAAAGUCUCGUUUAAAGAGAUUUUUUUUAACUUUUAUAAUCGUGCUUUUAGGAAUCGAAAAGUUUAAAUAAAAAUAUUAUUUUGAUGACUUUUUUUUUGUGAAAAAAUAAAUAAAUUAUUAAAAAAUGACCGUAAAAUAAUAAUAAAAAAUUGUAAAAAAAAAUCCCGCAAACUUUUCGCUACGAGACUGUAUUCUCAAUGACAUUCUUAACUAGUACUUAAGGCCUUAAGAAACUACAAGUUAAUAAUUUAUUUCGUAGUUGACAAGCAACGUUCUCUUUGAGGUUUUUUAAUAUCUGUUCUAAACAUUAAAAAAAUGCCUCAAAAACGCAUCGGAGGGCAUUGAAAAAACUUGCCCUUAAAUAAAGUUGCUCAAAAGCUAUCCUCAUACGUGUUUGCCCAAUUAUUGCAACAAAUGAAAAAAAAAAACUUUUAGUUCAAAUGUAUUUUAACUAUAUACUGCUAACAAUUUUAUUAAAAAAUAUUUUUUAAUUAAAAACAAGAAAAAAAAAGAAAAAAAGGUAUGCAAUGUGUAAGGACGUUAUUUUUACAAAAAAAAAAACAUUAUUUAGAGCCACUUACGUAGGAAAUCUAUCUGUGAUAUAAGUGUAUGAGAAAAAAAAUAAUUUAAUCUUUUUUAUCUCCCUGAUUAAUUUUGUAAAGAUUUUUUAGAUUUAGUGAAAAAAGGGAAUUUUAACUAUUCUUAACCAUUUUUUUUUUACUUACAAAACAGUGACGUGAUCUUGUGCACAAUAUUGCGAUCUUAUCGACAAAGAUCGUGCAUAGGAAGCAUUUAGGCAAAAUGCAUAAACUCCUUUUUUUAAAUGAAAAAAAAACAAUGCAACGAAUUCAUGUAGAGUUAUUUAACUUGCCCCCAAAAUAAUAAAAAAAAUAAACAUUUUGAAAAGAAAAGAAAAAUAAAAAAAUAAUUGUAAAUAGAUCCGCAUUGAGAGAGUUGAAAUGGAGAGAAAAAUGUGUUAUGAGAGAAAAUAAUACUGUGCCAUUUGAAAAGGAACUUUUUUACUUAUAGAUUUUGUACAUUUCUACUCUUGUUCUGCUAGGUGUGAACUGAAAGUUUUAUAGAAGAAACAUUAUGAGUGAAAAUAAAGCAGAAACGGCACAUUUUUACUGAUUUAAAGAAACAUUUUAUCUAAUGGUGUAAAAUAAAUAGUGAUAAUAAAUUUAAAAAAAUAAAAAUUAAA